GACAUCGUUACUGAUGUUGACGUCAAAACAGGAAGUGCUUUCGUGCUAUCCGAGUGUAGUUGGAGUGGAAAUUGUACUUACAAAAAGAGGUAUAUGUUUCUUUGUGAGUCGUGAAAAGGUAAAGACGGUGUAUUCAAGGAAACGAAACACCUGGCUUGUCGAAGAAAUUGCUGCAAGCCAUGCAGACCGAGAAAGAAGGAGAAGAUGAUGUCUCUCCUGAGGAGUAUGUUGCUCUGUCUGAUUUCACUGGGAGUGGUAGCGACCAGCUUAGUUUCAGCAGGGGGGACAGACUGCUCGUACACACCAAGCCUUCAUCAGAGUGGUGGUGGGCAGAGCUGCAGGAGGUCAAAGGUUAUGUCCCUGCCAGCUACCUGCGCAAGAGUACAGCGGAGGAGGAGGAAGACGUCAGUCUGGAGGACCCUUGGCAAGACGAAGAAUACUUUGGCAGCUAUGGGACACUGAGGCUUCACUUGGAGAUGUUGUCAGACAAGAGUCGCACUGAGGCGUACCGGCAGGUUAUUCUCAGCAACAGUGCCUCGCUGAAGAACAAGGUGGUGAUGGACCUCGGCUGUGGGACUGGUAUCAUCAGCCUGUUCUGCGCUCAGCUGGCACAGCCCUCAUUGGUGUAUGCUGUGGAAGCGAGCUCCAUGGCGGAUUACACCCGGCAGCUGGUGAAGCAAAAUGGCAGUGAGGAGGUGGUCUCUGUGCUCCAGGCUCGAGCAGAGGAGAUCGAGCUGCCUGAGCGGGUGGAUGUCCGUUCUGAGUGGAUGGGAAACAGCCUGCUGUUUGAGUUCAUGGUUGAGUCAGUUCUGCUGGCCAGGGACCGCUGGCUCAGGGAAGGCGGCGUCAUGUGGCCCUCGUCUGCAGCCCUCACCCUGGUGCCGUGUCAGGCCCACAGCUAUUAUGAUGAGAAAAUGGCCUUCUGGGAGCGACCCUACGGCCUGGACUUCACUCCUCUUCAGCCCCUGGCACAGCAAGAGUUCUUCACCAAGCCAAAGUUCAGCCACCUCGUUGAGCCUGCCGACUGCCUCUCCGCUCCCUGUGAUGUCAUCAGCCUGGACAUGUACACGCUGCAAAUCAAAGACCUGGAGGAAAUAAAGGGUCAGUUUCAAUUUUGUGUGGAGAAGCCCGGUGUUUUUCAUGGAUUUACCACUUGGUUUACGGCUCAUUUUGAGAGUCUGGAGACGGGAAGUCCACCAGUGGAGCUAAACACGGGGCCUCACUUCAAGCCUACACACUGGAAGCAGACUCUCUUCAUGCUUGACAACCCAGUAAGCGUGUGUGCAGGGGACUCCAUCAGUGGAAGCAUUGUCCUGCACAGGAAUCCCGUGUGGAGACGCCAUAUGACCAUCACCCUGCAUUGGAACGUUAACGGCAGCACAGAGGAAACAGAAAACUGCAAGGCAAACAUCUCAUCUACCCUUUUUUUUUUACCUUAUAAUUAGUGUUGCAUCUUAUCUUAUCCAAUUACACUUGUAUAUUUCAUUCUUUUGCAGUGUGACUCUGCUUUACACAUGUGACCCUUAAAUAGUCCUGAAUUCACCUCUCAGCCCUUACUGUCUUUUUUUUUUUUUCUCUCUGUCCAUAGGCUGGUAGAAAGAGUUUCCUAUGUGGAGGUGACAGAUGCUCCAUCUGCAUGUGGAGCUGCAGAAAUGCAUUUCAGCUCUGGGUCAGUGAGGCAUCAGCUGCGAGCUGCUGCUGAUCUGGGAAACAGUGUGACCGUCGUGUUUC